CUGAGACACUCAGGGGGACCUGGCUGCUGCUGCUGCCGCCGUGCUGCCCGCUCCUGCUGAGGGAAGAGGAGGAAACAUGAGCUCCAGGAAAGUGAUGGCCAUCCAGGCUAGAAAGAGGAGGCCGAAGGGGAAGAAGGAUAAAGCGGGUCACCAUCGCAGGCCUGACACCCAGCAGAAAGCCCCGGUGACUGCUCCUCCUCCCCCGCCGCCCCCUCCACCUCCCCCUGAGCCGGCUGGGCCCCCAGAGCCGGAGGAGGAGAUCCUGGGCUCCGACGAUGAGGAGCAGGAGGACCCCGCGGACUACUGCAAAGGAGGGUACCAUCCGGUGAAGAUCGGGGAUUUGUUCAACGGGAGGUACCAUGUGAUCAGGAAGUUGGGGUGGGGCCACUUCUCCACCGUAUGGCUAUGCUGGGACAUCCAAGUGAAGAACUUUGUGGCGAUGAAGGUGGUGAAGAGCGCUCAGCAUUACACAGAGACGGCCCUGGAUGAGAUCAAACUGCUGCGAUGUGUGAGAGAGAGUGACCCCAGCGAUCCCAAUAAGGAUAUGGUGGUACAGCUGAUAGAUGACUUCAAGAUUUCAGGAGUCAACGGGAUACACGUUUGUAUGGUGUUUGAAGUGCUGGGUCAUCACCUGCUGAAAUGGAUUAUUAAAUCCAACUACCAAGGUCUCCCGUUGCCGUGUGUCAAGAGUAUUAUCAGACAGGUCCUGCAGGGCUUGGACUACCUCCACACGAAGUGUAAAAUCAUCCACACAGACAUAAAGCCGGAGAACAUCCUGAUGUGUGUAGAUGACGUCUUUGUUAGGCGUAUGGCCAUGGAAGCAACUGAAUGGCAGAAAGCUGGAGCUCCACCACCAUCUGGAUCAGCAGUUAGCACAGCCCCCCAGCUCAAACCGGUUGGAAAGAUCUCCAAGAACAAGAAGAAGAAGCUGAAAAAGAAACAGAAGCGGCAAGCCGAGCUUCUGGAAAGGCGAAUGCUGGAGAUUGAAGCCCUGGAGAGGGAGGCAGAGAGGAGGGAAGAGAAGGCCAAAGAAGGAGGGGAGAAGGCGACGCUCGACCGCAACCUGCCUUCACCGCUGCAGCCGCCGCAACCGCCUCCAGGCCACAGCACGUCCCUGGGAGACAGCGACGAUGACGACGACGAUGAGGAGGACGGAGAGGACGAGGAGGAGGAGGAGGGAGGAGAGAGGCCCAUCAGGCUGACUAAUCAUACAUGUGCAGCACCUCCCCAGGAGCAGAGCGAGGCAACCCACAUCACAGAUGAUGACCCUGAUGAGGAGGCGGAGGAAGAAGAAGAGGAGCUUACGCCUGUCGCUGAAAAAGAUGCCCCUAUUCCCCCCGCCUCAGAAGAAGGCAGCGGAGAUCCAACACAAGCAGAGGUUGAGCCAGAAGAGGCAGAGGAGGAAGAGGGAUUAAAAGGGAGAGAGAAUGAGAAUGAGGAGGAGGAAACAGAAGAUAAAGAGACAGAGGAGCCAAAGAGUGAGAGCAAAACAGAGCAGGAGGUUGUGGUGGUGGUGGAAGAAGAGGUUUCAAAGGAGCAAGAGGGGGAGGAGGAGGACGAAGAAGAAGAAGAGGAGGAAGAGGAGGAGGAAGAUGAGGAUGAUGACACAACUACUGACCUCCUCACAGAUAACACCUCCCCCAUCAAACCCCACAUCAAUAAAACCAAUUCGGUCAAAACCAACGGCCAUGUUUUGUUAGGCUCUGAGGGACUGAAACCAAACCCAGGCACGCCUCCGCCUCCUUCCCCCACCCCAGAGCCUCUUCUCUGCCCCCUGGUGGAGUCUGAGCUCAGCUACACAGACAGGGACAACUCUCUGAGCUCUGGUUAUGAGAUGUAUAACGGCGAGCUUGGAGAGCCAGGACUCACCAAUGGCUCCAGUGAGCGGCAUCUAGGUACAAUUCCCAUUUUUCCCGACUUGCCUCUGGAUCCCGAGCCAGGAAACACCAUUUGUGUUGGUACGGCAGACAUUGAAGCAGGACCUUCACCCAACAGCCCCACUGCAGACCGCAGUCGCACCGUGUCCUCCUCGAGCACGGGAGACACACCGAAAGUCAGAGCCAGAGCUGCAGAUCUUCUGAUCAACCCUCUAGAUCCGCGCAACGCAGACUCUAUUCGAGUCAAAAUUGCUGAUCUUGGAAAUGCAUGCUGGGUGCAUAAGCACUUUACAGAGGACAUUCAGACAAGGCAGUACCGCUCCAUCGAAGUCCUAAUAGGAGCGGGUUACAGCACUCCUGCUGACAUCUGGAGCACCGCCUGCAUGGCAUUUGAGCUGGCCACUGGAGAUUACCUGUUUGAGCCUCACUCUGGAGAAGACUACUCCCGCGAUGAGGACCACAUAGCCCACAUCAUAGAGCUGCUGGGCUGUAUUCCGAGGCACUUUGCGCUCUCCGGAAAAUAUUCCCGGGAGUUCUUCAACAGAAGAGACCACAUCGCUCUGAUCAUGGAGCUCCUUGGGAAGGUCCCACGCAAAGUGGUCGCUGCUGGGAAGUACAGCCGAGAGUUUUUCACCAAGAAAGGUGAACUGCGGCACAUCACCAAGCUGAAGCCGUGGUCCCUGUUUGACGUGCUGGUGGAGAAGUACGGCUGGUCGCACGAAGACGCCGGUCAGUUCACUCACUUCCUUCUGCCCAUGCUGGAGAUGGUGCCUGAGAAGAGGGCCUCGGCCGGCGAAUGCCUCAAUCACCCGUGGCUCAACUCCUAGCCACAAACACUGAGCAACGCCCUCCUCCUCUUCCCCGCUGCCCACCCAACAGUUAGCCCAAACACCACCCCCACCCUGGUGGCAGCCUUUGGAACCCCGAUGUGGAAAGAAGCUGGCAACAGAUGAGAAGGACCUCCUUAAUGCAUUAUCUCACAUAUCCAUUUCAUGCUUACCUGAAAAUGCUUAACCUCCCACAUUUCUUUUCCCAAAAGGAAUGUAAAGACGAACUUGUGGAGAUAAAAUGACAAAAACAAUCAGACUGUUGGAGGAUGAAUGCUGCCCACUUUGGAAAAGGGAGAAGUUGGGCUCUGCCUGAAAGAAAUGUGCUUUCUUCUCUUUUUCUGCCGUCAGGAUGCCGGUCAGUCUCUUACAUCUGUCUGUCUCUUCCUAAUUAUAAUUUUUAAAAAAAUCUGUCUCGGGCGAUGGACAGCUGCUGAUCUUCUCAGUAUUUUGAAAGAAAAGUCAACAAGUAGCCUUGAUGUAUUGCUGAUGGCCCACAGCUCCAUCUGCCAUGACCUUUACACAGCCAGGGCCUCAAACUCAGAUGUGUGUGUGUGUGUGUGUGUGUGUGUGUGUGUGUGUGUGUGUGUGUGUGUGUGUGUGUGUGUGUGUGUGUGUGUGUGUGCGCAUCUUAUUGAGCAUGUGUGAAAAUGAGCGUACGUGCCUGCGCUUAAGAUCUGCCUACACAGACCCUCGUCUUUUUUCCCCAAUCUAACUUCCUUUCCUAACCAUGGAAGAAGUUCCCAUAUCAAACUCCGAGUUUACACCCUAAUUUCUUCCAGGAAUCCCAAAACACCCAUGUGACCUGUUUGUUUCCCCACAUUGCCUCUCUCCCCUUCCUAAAUGAGCGUCAUGAUCCUGCCCGGGGACUGCUGCAGAAAGCUGGAGGGCAGCCAGUCCUCCAGGGGGCAGCACACUGAAAAGGAGGACAGAAACAGUGUGGGCUGUGCAAAAAUACAAUCAGUUCAACAAAGAGGAGAACUGCUUGGUCUUUAGAGACUCUUUUUAACAAUGCAUGGAGAAGACUGAAGGAGCAGCAUGAAGGAUUAUGAGAAACAAAUGAUGGAUGCUUUGUUUCCUGUUUCAUCACACCUCUUGGACAUUCUGUUAGAAAGAUUUACAUUAGGUUAGGAUAUUUGGUGCCCCCAUCCCUCCGCCCCCAAAAUGAAGGUGGCUACUUUACAGUCCCCUUCUCCACCAGCUUUUGACAUUCCUAAAUCUUGAUCCAUCAUUCCUUGACUUUUAUUCCCGAGAACACUUCUGUUAAUUCCUACUGUGGCACGUUUACCAGAACUUAUUGGUACUAUUCUCCCCUUUUUUGCCCUUAUAAAGAAACCCUUUCUUCCCUGAGCUUCUCCAGAAAUGGGAUGGUCACACGGAGGUUGCACUUGUCUUUGUAGAUGUCCUUCAGGGAUUUGAAACCUUUGUAUAUAGAACUGAGAUUUGGCAACACAGAUAAGCGACCGUGGACAACAUUUCAACACGCAAGCAUCAUUCCAAAAAAACAGAAGAAGAAAGAAAAUACAGAGGUGGUUGUUGGCAGAACUUGACUUCCUCUGAUAUAGUGUUUUUUUGUUUUUGUUUGUUUUUGGGUGGGCUGCCACAGCUCAACCCUGCAGGAAUGUUCAGACUGAACUGCGCCACCUGGUGGCUGGACGAGAGUACUGCAUUGCCACACUGCUGCUGCUCUCAGUGCCAACACUCCAAGACGUUCCACUGUAUCUCUCUACUUAAUCCGUAAUGCUCUGUCAAACACACAGACAACCACAAACUCGCAUCAUCACAAUUAGUCCAGUUGCCUAUUUUUUCGCAAUAAAUGAAAACAAAAGAUGAGUAUAAGUAAAUGGUGAGAUAUUUUUAAAAACUAUUUAAUUCAUUUAAAAAAAUAGAAAAAAAUAAAACUUUUCUCUGGUUGUCGUGACCGUGAACAGAAUCUCGUCUUAUACUGAGGUGAUUGUGUUUGUCUGUUAGAGAUGUUUUUAUUUCUUCUUUCAUUGCAAUUAUUAAUGAUGAUGAUUAUUAUUAUUAAGAGGUUUUGUUUUGUUUUUUUACACUUUGCACCUCUCCCCUCCCUCCCUACUUGAAUAGUGCUGCUUUGUCCAGGCCCGUGAUGGGGAAAAAAUUCAACAGUUUUGCAAUAAAGGAUUUUGUGAUGAGGUUCUUUUUAUUAUUUUAUUUGGUUUCUUUUUCACCAAAACCUCCUGAACUCACUCUCAGCCAUGCUGACUGUUCUUCCUGAUGAUAUUGACAGAAUCGCGUCUUGUCUGUUUUUCAUUGACAGAUUUAAUAAAAUUGUAAAUUAAUGGAU